AUGGAUUUAGGUACGUCCCUUACAGAGUUUACAACAGCCAAUGGUAACCAAUUUCCAAAUUGUGUUAGGUGUCAAGAUGAAAUUACAUCUGGGCACGCUUAUGAACUAGGUGAUGAUCGCUGGCAUACACACUGCUUUUCAUGUUAUCGUUGUGAAAAACCUUUAAGCUGUGAUAGCGAUUUCCUUGUGCUAGGCACAGGCACCCUGAUAUGUUUCGACUGCUCAGAUGCAUGUCGAUCUUGUGGUAAGAAGAUCGAUGAUUUAGCAAUUAUAUUAUCAUCAUCGAAUGAAGCUUAUUGUUCGGAAUGUUUCAAGUGUUGUAAAUGUAGUAGUAAGAUUAGGGAUUUGAGAUAUGCAAAGACGAGGAAAGGUUUAUUCUGUAUAUCUUGUCAUGAGAAACUAUUAGCCAAAAGAAAGUGUUACGAAGAAAGGAAAAGACGAUUAAGGAAAGAUUUACCUGAACUACCACCAGAGUUGAGCACACCACCGAGUAUACCUGUAAAGAGCCCCAGGAGACCCCAGUACGAUUUACCACAACGAUCGAUGAAAUCCAAUAGUGAGAGUGUCAUUUCACAAUACCUAGAUGAUAUCGAUUCAAAGGUCUCGGGUGAUCCAAAUGAAGAUAGCAACCCAAUAGAAACGCGGGAUUCAAGAGCAAGCACCCAGGAAUCCUUGGGUUCGGAAAGAGAGAAGGUUGAAGCUGCGAAGGAAAAUCAACAAGAUGGUGUUGCUGCUCCUGCUACGAAGGGUAAGAAUCGUCAUCAUAGACAGGUAUCCAUUGAUGAUAUUCUGAACUCAACUUUAGAGGAACCAGAUGCAUUUGGAUUGCGUAACAGUAUAGGGGGCUUGAGUAAGACUCCUUUGAGAAAUCAAGAUUCUUCGGAACAUUUGGCUAAAUCUCCAGUUCGAUUUAGACAUGGCAUGGUAGUCAACGAUGAUGAUGAUGACGACCACGAAGACGAUGAUGAUGAUGAUGAUGAUGACGACGAUCAAGAUAUGGAAGAGGGAUUAGGACAAGUUAAACAGCGAAAGCAAUUUCAAUUGAUACCGGAUCUUUCAAAUGAUGAUAUUAGUGAACUCACUGAAGAAGAAGAAAAGAAACCACUAGAAAAUAAAGGUUUAGCACUGAAUUUGCCCUCGCAGAAAAAGGAUGAAGAUACCCUAACAUUGGGAUUGGAUGAUGUUCCUGCAUCUCCACCAAGUAAGAUUAAAGCACCACAAUCUUCUUGGUCCGAAACCAAAGCCAUCCCAGAGAUCAAAUCUACGCCAGAGAAAAAAUCCCCACCAGAGAAUAAACUAACAUCACCACAGCCUAAAACUAGUGUUUCUAGACAUACACCUACAGUAAAGUCUUCACCCAGAUACUCUCCUAAGCCAUCAUCUUCAAGCUCUUCGAUUAAACAUGCACAUUCACCAAGACAACCACCAAGUUCAAUUUCAAGUAUUUCAACACCAGGAAAUCCAUCAUCAGCAAGUACUGCUAGUACUUUACAAGGAUCCUCUACUGGUGGUAAUAAUUUAGCCCCAAAUUUCUUAAUUGCUGAAGAGAAAUCUAAAGGUGGUGGCAGUAAACUAGGUAGAUCACUGUCCAUGAAAUCUAAACACUUGGUUCACAAUUUGAAAUCAAGAACAACUGGCAUAUUGGAUCCAAAACCUAUCCCUUCAUCUCCACCUUCUCACAACAGAGAGAAGCUAGGUUUCUCUGCAUUCCCAUCUUCACCAUCGAACUAUAGCAUUUCUGAUGCAACUACCAAAGCUGAAAGUGAUACUCACACGGGUUGGGGGGUUACCAAUGAAAAGGCUAGUAUUCCGAGAUCACCUUCCAUGCAUCGUACCACUCCUAAAGGUAAAAGUGACAGUAAUGUUCAUUCUGGAUCCGUAUCACCAAAUAUAAAUCAUAAUAGAUCAACUAGCGGAGCCGAACUUCCAGACCAUCGUAGGGCUCGGAGCCAUGCCAGUGUCUCCAGCAGUACAGCAACAAACGUUUCAAUGUACAGAACACCACCUUUAGAGAACAAUCCUGUUUUCGGUAAGUUAACGAAUUCGUCAGCUAAAUCACAUCAUAGGAAUUUCAGUUGGCAAGCCGCUAAUGAAGUUGUCAAGGAAGAAGAUUCUAGUGCUUCACAAGAAGCUGAUAUAACAAAUAAUAGUGAAAGUUCCGAGAAUGAGCAUUUUCUCAAAAAGGAAUUGGCUGAAGCUGAACUGUCUUUAAGAAGAGUGAAAUUAGAAUUAAGAGAGUUGGAAUCAAAGAAACGUCAUCUUACCUCUGACGUUGAUCAUUUGAAAACCACUAAAGAGGGGCUCACUAGAGACAUUGAAGGUCUCAAAAGUGAAAAGGAAAGGUAUAUCUUGGAAUCACUUGGUCAGUUACAACAUCAACAGCAGCGGGAGCAGCGAGAACCUCAUCAUCCACAGCGGGAACAAUCACAGCGAGAACAAACACAACGGGAACAGACACAACGAGAACAACCACAGCGGGAACAACCACAGCGGGAACAACCACAGCGGGAACAACCACAAAAUCAUUCUCAGCAGUCUAACUCUACAGUACCACAGCAACAACACCGCCAACAAUCUCAACAACAUUUACAAACACCUUCAUUAACCAACUCUGGUCUCUCAGGAAACAAACAAGAUAUUAGCAUUGAUGAUAUCUCUCCCCCAAGACAGGCAGAUACCGCAAGUAUAGCAAGACCUGCUUCCAAACCUAGAUUUUGGAAGAUAUUUUCGGGCGGCGGGAAACAGGCAGCAACGCCUACGCAUACUCCUCAACAUCAAAAUUACAGCUCACAACCUGCUGCUAACAGUUCCACUGGAGCUGCUUCUAUUCACAAUGGUGGUAGUAACAAUAACAGUAAAUUAGAGAUUUCGAACCCAGUUUUACAAAACCCUCACGAGUUUAGUGACAUGAAAUUGUUCCCUAUAACGAAUUCCAAUUCUGAAAGUAGUUCUCGUACAAGCCCAUCAAGGAGUGAUGGAUCUAUGCUUUAUGGAUCUAAUUUAGUUUCAAGAUGUGCUUACGAACAGAACGAUAUCCCCAUGAUUGUCACAGUCUGUGUGAGUCACAUUGAAAGUAAUGAAAAUUACAUGAAGGCUGAAGGGAUAUAUCGGAAAUCUGGUUCUCAGCUGUUAAUAGAAGAUAUUGAAAAGGCAUUUGCAGAUUGUUAUGCGAAACCUUCGCCUGAAGUAUUGAAAUUGAUGAGUGAAGACAUUCAUGCUGUUGCCAGUGUUUUGAAAAGGUAUUUGAGAAAACUGCCUAACCCAGUACUCACCUUCCAAAUUUAUGAACCAUUGAUAAAACUUGUAAGGGAACACAGACUUUUAAAUACUCUUCCACUAAAGAGUGGCGGUAAUACCGAUAAAAACCCACUGUAUUUGAAUGCGUUAGAAUCUGUGACAAAAAUUUUGAAGAAUUUACCCAGGGAACACUACGAUUUACUUCGGUACUUGAGUAGGCACAUUAGCAAAAUCACUAGCUACAGUGAAUGGAAUUUGAUGAACCUCUACAAUUUAUCAUUGGUUUUCGCACCAGGGUUAAUUAGGGAUUACAACGGUGAUAAAGAUAUCUUGGACAUGAAGGAAAGGAAUUACAUUGUUGGAUUUUUGCUUGGGAAUUACAAGGACAUAUUCGAUUAA